AUCAGUUGGAAGCAAAUAUUGUUAAACGUUUUAUUCUGAUGGACAAGUUUCCGGAUGAAUGGACAUCGUGGCGGCAGCAGGUGGCAUGUCUAACAACAUGUGUGCAAGGUUUCGAGAGACAGACCAUAGACUGCUGUACAACUGGUGACAACAAGAUUUGCUUUGAUCUUCCAUGGAAUUCUCUCAACGAAUCUGUUGGAAAAUGUGCUGGGUUUUGCGAAAGAAGAGAUGCUAUAUUAUGCAGACAGCCGCUGUCACUAAUAUGUGGAUCAGAUGGCAGCCUUUAUCCCAACAGCUGCGAGUGGACGAAAAUGCGUUGCGUGGACAGGUCAUUGAUACAAAAAGAUAUUCAAUUUUGCCAGACGUUAAGAACUAAAUCACAUAUGGAACAGAAUAAUACUAACGUUGUUUCACUAUCAUCUACGGAAUCAUUACCAUUGUCGUUCCCUACAUCAGCACUAGCGUCAACGAAUAUUUCAUCUGUAGCACUAGAAAUCACAACAACGACAUCACCACAACCGCCAACAUUAACAACAAGAAGAACGCCACAAACUACCUCCAAAGAUUCAUCGACAAAAGUAAUUACACCAAAAACAACGAUAAGCACACCAGUAACAUCUACAGACAUGUCAACAACUCUCAUUUCAACACAAUCUGCUUUAAGCUCUUUAAGCUCGAUUGUUACAUCGUUAGCUGUUUCUUCAUCCGUUCCAACAACACCAUCGUACUGUCAAAACAGGCACUCUAUUUCCUGCGGGUUUACGUUCAAUGUUGUGUGUGGAUCUGAUAGGCAGUUAUAUGCUAAUUUAUGUAUGCUUGCAUUGGGACGAUGUGACGAUCCGUCCCUGACACAGAAGGACAGACAAUACUGCUCUAGUGGUUGAUGGAUUUUUUUAUUUUUUAUUUCUAAUAUUUAUUAAUUUUUCGCAUUUGGAAUUCAUGAAUACGUUUUUGUGCGG